UCCUCUGGCUGCUGUAAGCUAAGCCAUGGUUUGACUUAAUGUGUUGUCUGAACCUGAUCUUGUGGUUUAUGUCCCCCAGACAAACCACGAGCUGUAAACUAGGAAAGGAACGUGGUUGCAGCUCAUAGUUUCUCUGUAGUGAAACAUUUCACAACCUGUUAUGAAGCUCCCCAAAUCUCCUGGAUAGUUCUGUUGUUCCAAGGCAUGUUAGCCACAUAAUAGGACAGGAAUUGCUUCGCAAUAUUGUUGGACGUUUUACCUUGGUUUUUUGUGUUUUUUUUUAAGUGGGAGUUAUAUUAAAAAGAAAAAAAAAUCAAUCCAGCUCCUAAAUUCAAGGUUUACAGUCCAGGCAUCUGGAUUUGAAAGAAAAUAAAAUAAAUAUAAGGGAGAUUUUACCCUGUGGAGUUACUGGAUUCGGGUGUCUCACAUUAUUGAACAAAGGACAGGUAGAAAUUUGAUUAUCUUGGUUCAUUGCUAUAGAAAUGCAACAUACUACCCGUGAAUCUUAUUGUAGCAGUGAAAUAAGUAUUGAUCGGAGGCUGGAAAUCUGCAUCUCCACUUGUGGUGCUGGAGCCUUUAUUGAAAAUGCCAUGUUGUAUCCAACGUUGCCAUAAUUCUCGCACACCAGAAUGACCGAAGAGGGCUACAUUAUUGCAUCCUUAAUUUGCAUUAACUCUUCUGUCGUUUUAGGUUAUGCUGGCUGCUUCUUACUGGUCUCUCCUUGCACCUGCCAUUGAACUGGCGGAGGACUCUGGAAAGUUUGGGGCCUUUGCCUUCUUCCCUGUAGCUGUUGGUUUCACUCUGGGCGCUGCGUUUGUGUACUUUGCUGACCUCAUUCUCCCUUGGCUGGUGAGUAGCCCUUCCAACAGUCUCUAUAAUUUGGUGGCAGCCAGGAAAGUCAAUCUUAGGUUCAUCUUACAUGUGCUGGAAACUGGUCUUGUUUUAUUAUAUUAUUGGGUUUAUUAAGUAACGAUCCAUAGACCAUUUGCAUCUUUACAAGUGUGGCCGUGCCCCAGUCCUCAUAAAUUUAAGAUAAAUGGGGCACCGUGGCAGGACUUUGCUGCUGCUGCUGCUGCUACUGUUAGUCUAGUUAGUAUAUGUGUUGCUAGUAACAUACUGGUUUAAAACAGAGAUUGGGGGGGAAACGUGGUCUUCCAGAUGUUGUCUGUCUCCAGCCCCCAUCAGCUCCAGGCCAGCAUGUUCAGUGGCCAGAAAUGUUGUAUUGCAGCCACAUCUGGAAGGACACUGAUUCCCCAUCCCUUGUUUAAAAGUUUAUGUGCUCUGUGGGAUAUAGACGGAAACAAAUACCGUAUUUUUUGCUCUAUAAGACUCACUUUUUCCCUCCUAAAAAGUAAGGGGAAAUGUGUGUGUGUCUUAUGGAGCGAAUGCAGGCUGUGCAGCUAUCACAGAAGCCAGAACAGCAAGAGGGAUUGCUGCUUUCACUGUGCAGCGAUCCCUCUUGCUGUUCUGGCUUCUGAGAUUCAGAUUUUUUUUUCUUGUUUUCCUCCUCCAAAAACUAGGUGCGUCUUGUGGUCUGGUGCAUCUUAUAGAGCAAAAAAUACGGUACCUUUGCAACCUGGGACUGAUGGAGAUUUGGGGAAUUGCUGCUAUAGCAAAUCCCUGCACCAAAUCCUAAUAUUCUGUGUGCUUUGGUGGGUGAAAUGAAGCUGCCAGAGAAGCUGUUUCUUCCACCGGGUUCUGCUUGAGCAGAAGCAAGAUACCUUAUCAUUUUCUACUGGUGAUCUGGUGAAGAUAUAUAUAUAUUUCUGAGGACAUAUUUAACAGGGCAGCCUGCAUAUUUGCAUUGCUCUUUCUCUUGGGGUUAUGUGAAUGAGUAAUUAUGACCUGCUUUUUCAUUUCUUGUUUGGUAGGGCUUGUUCUCUCUUCCCUCCCUCAACCCCUUCUGUUUUAUUUUUUCGUUCAAAUCCAAGAGGAGAUUUUAGUUGGCUCAGGUAGCAUUCUUCCCCUCCUUCAAUUUGAAAAUCCUGAAUUGCUUUUUUGAACAACAUGUCUUGCUUCAGUCUCUUCUUAAGAGCCUAGACACAGUAAUAGCCUCUGCUACUUGUAGGAGGAAAAUACCAUUGGAUCUCUCCUUGAAGGGACUGCCUCAUGAGGCAGCUGUGCUUGGGGGCAAUUAUUUCUGAUGGUGGUGGCUUAGUAUUUUAGCAACUACUCAUUUAAAGCAGUGCUAUAAAAGGGGGUUGUUGUUUCUUUGCAGCAAACAAAAAAAAUCAAUAAAUUUCCUUAGGGUUUUUUGGCCAAGCGUCUGGGCCAAAAUAGCUGUACUCUAAAGAUAUUAAUGCAUAGCUGCCAACCGUCCCUUAUUUGGCGGGAAAGUCCCUUAUCCCAGCACUGUGUCCUGCUGCUGUCCCUUAUUGAUGAUGUCCCUUAAAUUCCCCGGGUUUCAAAGGAAGCAGCUCCUCUCCCUCCCUCCCUGCUGGCCAGGGAGGAGGGAGGCUCCAGCUGUGUUGAUUGGCUGUGUUGCUCACCCAAUAAGAAGUCUAAGAAUGACUGGGGGAUGGAGCUUGCAUGCCUUGUGCCGAUCAAAUUGGCCGUGUUGCCUGGGGAUUCGCCUUUGCUCAGCGUUUCCCAGCGGAGAGGUGAUGGUGGUUUUUCUUGCUGCAUCCCCUUUGCCGGGUUGCUGCGCUGUGGGAACCACCGCUUGAGGCUUUGUUUGGCUGCUGGCUGGGCUUUCUGCCUUUGGCUCGGAGGGGCUCAGAAGUUGAACAUACCUGUGCUCUGAAAAUCCCUUAUUUUGGCUGCUGAUCCCUUAUUUUCAAGGCUGCUGGUCCCUUAUUUUCAAAUCUAUAAGUUGACAGCUAUGUAUUAAUGGGUACCUCAGUUGCCCCCCCUGCAUAAAAUGGAAUGUGAAAUUUCCUGAUCACAGCAGGGAGCUCUUUUUGUCUGCUCUUUUUGUCUACUAUCUCCCCAUCAUAGAGAAGAUGUUUUCUUUUAAAUUUAAUAAAAUGCAGUAAAAUGGCUACAUAUAAAUUCAAUAAAUCAGAGAAUGCAGUGCAAAGCAAUACAUAGUGUAAGAACAGCAGUUCCAAAGCAGCUCAACAAAAAACCAGCCAUAUUGUGUUGAUUGAAACCUGAGAAAAUAACAUAGUUUUUUAGCCACCUGCCUGAAGCAGGUGCCAUGCAAACAUCAUUCUACACGGUCUUAAAACAUUGGCAGCCCAUAUUGGUUCUUCACAGGCAUGUUUUUGAGGCUGGCAUGUUUUUGAGCUUUGCUUUCUUCUUCAUAGGGAAGAUGGUUUAAUAGAAAAUCUAGUGUUUCCAUCUCUGUUGUUCCAUCUCUCUCCCCCACCCCCAAGCUCUUUUAAAAGGGAUCUGGUUAUUGUUGUUGUUGUUUAGUCGUUUAGUCGUGUCCGACUCUUCGUGACCCCAUGGACCAGAGCACGCCAGGCACUUCUGUCCUCCACUGCCUCCCGCAGUUUGAUCAAACUCAUGCUGGUAGCUUCAAGAACACCAUCCAACCAUCUCAUUUUCUGUCGUCCCCUUCUCCUUGUGCCCUCCAUCUUUCCCAACAUCAGGGUCUUUUCCAGGGAGUCUUCUCUUCUCAUGAGGUGGCCAAAGUAUUGGAGCCUCAGCUUCAGGAUCUGUCCUUCCAGUGAGCACUCAGGGCUGAUUUCCUUCAGAAUGGAUAGGUUUGAUCUUCUUGCAGUCCAUGGGACUCUCAAGAGUCUCCUCCAGCACCAUAAUUCAAAAGCAUCAAUUCUUCGGCGAUCAGCCUUCUUUAUGGUCCAGGUCUCACUUCCAUACAUCACUACUGGGAAAACCAUGGCUUUUACUAUACGGACCUUUGUUGGCAAGGUGAUGUCUCUGCUUUUUAAGAUGUUGUCUAGGUUUGCCAUCGCCUUUCUCCCAAGGAGCAGGCGUCUUUUAAUUUCGUGACUGCUGUCACCAUCUGCAGUGAUCAUGGAGCCCAAGAAAGUAAAAUCUCUCACUGCCUCCAUUUCUUCCCCUUCUAUUUGCCAGGAGGUGAUGGGCCCAGUGGCCAUGAUCUUCGUUUUUUGAUGUUGAGCUUCAGACCAUAUUUUGCGCUCUCCUCUUUCACCCUCAUUAAAAGGUUCUUUAAUUCCUCUUCACUUUCUGCCAUCAAGGUUGUGUCAUCUGCAUAUCUGAGGUUGUUGAUAUUUCUUCCAGCAAUCUUAAUUCCAGCUUGGGAUUCAUCCAGCCCAGCCUUUCGCAUGAUGAAUUCUGCAUAUAAGUUAAAUAAGCAGGGAGACAAUAUACAGCCUUGCCGUACUCCUUUCCCAAUUUUGAACCAAUCAGUUGUUCCAUAUCCAGUUCUAACUGUAGCUUCUUGUCCCACGUAGAUAUUUCUCAGGAGACAGAUGAGGUGAUCAGGCACUCCCAUUUCUUUAAGAACUUGCCAUAGUUUGCUGUGGUCGACACAGUCAAAGGCUUUUGCAUAGUCAAUGAAGCAGAAGUAGAUGUCUUUCUGGAACUCUCUAGCUUUCUCCAUAAUCCAGUGCAUGUUUGCAAUUUGGUCUCUGGUUCCUCUGCCUCUUCUAAAUCCAGCUUGCACUUCUGGGAGUUCUCGGUCCACAUACUGCUUGAGCCUUCCUUGUAGAAUUUUAAGCAUAACCUUGCUAGCAUGUGAAAUGAGUGAAAUUGUGCGGUAGUUGGAGCAUUCUUUGGCACUGCCUUUCUUUGGGAUUGGGAU